AUGGUUUCCUUUGGCCUCUUUACCCAAAAAGCUUUCAGCUUACUUGCUUGUUCCUUGGUUGUCCAAGGUCUCGUUAUUCCCGAUGCUUCUACCGCUACUGAAGAUGUUGCAAAAAGAGAAGGUCCUGGCUUUUUAAAGUUAGACUUUUCCGUCACCAAGAAGGUCAUCAACGGUACCACUGACGAAAACACUCAUAAAAGAGCUGACUAUCAAGUUCCUUUGACCAAACAAAAUGUUUACUACUCCAUUGAUUUGAACUUUGGUUCCCAAGCUCAAACAAUCUCUGUCGAUAUCGAUACCGGUAGUUCCGACUUGUGGGUUCCAGAUUUGAAGACCGACAAAGCAGGUUUUGAUUCGGCUUCAUCCACUACUUUCCAUGACCUUGGCAUUCCAUUUUCCAUCGGAUAUGUAGAUAAAUCAACUGCUUCUGGUAACUUUGUCAAGGACUCUGUUGGUAUUCCAAAUGGCCCAACUCUCAAAGACUUCCAGUUUGCUGAUGCCACCCAAUCUACUGUUACACAAGGUGGUGUCUUUGGUAUUGGCCCAAUAGCCAGUGAGUCUACUUCCACCAAGUAUCCUAACUUCCCAAUCUCCUUGAAAAAUGCUGGUUACAUUAGCAAGAACGCUUACUCCAUUUACUUGAACUCCGUCGAUGCUACCACAGGAUCUAUUAUCUUUGGUGGUAUUGACAAUGCCAAGUAUGAGGGCCUGUUAGUCACCCUUCCAUUCACCCAGGACUCUGGGAUUGUUAUCAAUUUGGACAGUGUCACUGGUCCAGACGGAACUGUCCACGAAACCAACAUUAACGGUAUCCUCGACACCGGAACCACUGUCACCUACUUGCCAGAUGAUGUUGUGUCUUCCUUUGCCGGUAGCAUUCCGGGAGCUUUCUUUUUGUUUGGUCGGAUCUACCUUCCUUCCUGUGAUGCUCUUCCUAGUGACCAAUUCGUCUCUUUCAAAUUUGGAGAUGCCAAUAUUAAGGUUCCACUUAGCGACUUGGUUCAGGACAAUGGUGGUGGCAGUUGUUUAUUGGGUAUUUUCGGUAACUCUCAAUCCCAAGGUUUCAAUCUCUUAGGAGACUCCUUUUUGAGAAGAGCCUAUUUCGUUGCUGACUAUGAUGCCAAAACUGCCCAGAUUGCCCAAGUCAAGUACACUUCUGACAGCAACAUUGUUGCCAUCCAAUAA